UAUUUUGGAUUCCUAAAGCCACCGUAUCUACUCCGGUGGGCGUGUGGGUAAUGUAGUGUAUAGCACGUGUGCGUAGUUUUCUUGCGCCAGUUCAAACGUUAAAAUAUGGCAGGCCUGGAGUUGUUGUCAGAUCAAGGAUAUCGUCUUGAUGGAAGAAAAGCUGCUGAACUGCGCAAAGUACAAGCUCGUAUGGGUGUAUUUGCCCAAGCUGACGGGUCUGCAUACAUAGAACAGGGAAAUACCAAAGCGCUGGCAGUUGUGUAUGGCCCUCAUGAAGUAAGUUUCUUGCUAAAAUAGCGUGUUAGCAAGAUAACUAUUUAGCUCGCUACAUAUAUAACAACACGCUAGCUAGCUAACGUUAGUUUGCAUACAACUGAGAUUCAUUAGCUAUGGAAAUUGGUUUAGCUCGGCUAGCAUUUGAGCUCAGUUUGUUUAUCCAAAUUGUCAUAUUUUUCCUACAUAGCUAAUGUGUUCAGCCCCCUGAUUCUAGUCUAGAGAGCUAAACCAUCUACCCAGCACACUUCCACCUGUGCCUAGGGUCCAGACCGCUUGGCAGAGGCGGAAGUAUACUCACAUACAGGGAGACUACACUCUUCCACCUAUGGCCCAAGAGAUCGUGAGGGUAUAUCACUGCUGCCACCAGUGCAGCGAUUGAGAAGGAACUGUUGGCUCAGGACUUGAAGAAUCAGUGAGGCUGCAGUUAGUUGGCUCGAGAGGAGUGCAUUUAAAAUCAAAUGUACUCUGUUCCCCAGGUGCGAGGCUCCCGCAGCAAGACGCUCCAUGACCGUGCUGUUAUCAACUGCCAAUACAGCAUGGCCACCUUCAGUACAGCAGAGAGGAAGAGGAGACCCCACGGGGACCGCAAGUCCACAGAGAUGAGCCUUCACCUCAAGCAGACGUUCGAGGCAGCAGUGUUGACUAAUCUGUACCCACGCUCUCAAAUUGACAUUUAUGUCAAGGUACCACACUAUUUCAGAUAUAAAUGAACUAUGAAAUGGGUUGUGGUGGAGUCUGAUACUAUUCAUAAAAUGGUGAAUGAAAUUGGUUGUAUAUCCAGUUUUUGGGAUUUGGAACCAAUUUAGAUUUUUUUGUCUGGUUAGUUUCAUGUUCUCAGGUAUAGAGGUUUCUUCAUCAAUUUGAACCCUGAAACAUGGGGUUAAAAAACAACCUGACUUGAAUUGAAACAUUUCACACUCCCUCUUCCCUCUCAGAUCUUGCAGUCAGAUGGAGGGAACUACAGCGCAUGUGUGAACGCCGCCACUCUGGCAGUAGUCGAUGCGGGCAUCCCCAUGCGUGACUAUGUGUGCGCCUGCACUGCAGGCUUUGUGGACGAGACUCCGUUGGCAGACCUGUGCCAUGCUGAAGAGAGUGGAGGGGGCACAUCACUGGCCCUGGCAUUGUUGCCCUGUGGCGGGCACAUCGCCCUGCUACAGAUGGAUGCCCGACUUCACCAGGACCACCUAGAGACACUGAUGGAGGCGGCAAUGACGGCCUGUAAGGGCGUCAGCAAAGUGUUGGACGAGGUGGUGAGGCAGCAUCUUCAGGAGGUGUCUGCGCUGACUGGAGAGUGAUGUAGCUUGGACUUUGGGGUAGAUUGGCCU